AUGAACCUGAAGCUAUGGAUAUCCCUGGCGGUGGGCAGUCUGUCGACAGCUGCCAUCGCACAGGACAGCAACGAACUGGUGAUUGACGGCGAAACGCUUGUCACCGAAACCGCUGCUCCGGCGCAUCUGGAAGAUUUCGAUACGAUCUAUUCAGGAUGGCGGUUUCGCUCGCGCGAAACACAGGCUUUGGAAACAGACGACUUUGACAAUCCGGCCUUUGUUUUCGUUGAUCAGGGCCUGGAUCUUUGGGAAGAGGUCGAUGGUUCUGCCGGCAAGGCGUGUGCCUCGUGCCAUGAAGACGUGGAGGACUUCGCGGGUCUUCGUACGCAGUUGCCACGAGUUCAGGACGGUGAACUUGUUGCGAUGGAAGACCUUGUGAACGGCUGCCGCACGGAACGAAUGGGUGCCGAGCCGUGGAAAUGGUCGGGUGGCAACAUGACUGCAAUGACCGCGUUGAUCGGCUUGCAAUCCCGGGGCAUGCCCGUCGGUGUCAAGAUCGACGGUGAAGCGGCGCCAUUCUGGGAAAAGGGCAAGGAACUUUAUUACACCAGGGUCGGUCAGCUGGACAUGGCCUGUUCCAACUGCCACGAGAACAAUUAUGGUGUGAUGAUCCGGGCCGAUCACCUGUCCCAGGGUCAAAUCAACGGGUUUCCGACCUACCGGUUGAAAAAUGCCAAGCUGAAUUCCAUCCAUGCUCGCUUCAAGGGGUGCAUGAAGAACAUUCGCGCCGAGCCUUUCAAGGAAGGUGGCGACGAGUUCAAGGCUUUGGAGCUCUACCUUGCGUCGCGCGGACAGGGUCUUUCGGUGGAAACGCCGUCCGUACGAAACUGA